AUGAACUCCUCAGGUGACUCAACUCCUAGAUCUGACACAAAUCGCUUCCGUAUGCUUAAAUUUUUAAGGAUAGGCUUUAGCCUAAUAUUGCUAUCAAUAUUUAUUGUUGGUAUCUUCAGGACUUCCUUCUAUUUUUUUAUUUAUUUGACAAAUUGGGGUCUCACAUUAACAGCAAUAUAUACUAAAUACAAUACUUAAAUAAAAUUAUUAUGUUAAUUGCUUAUAUAAAUGUGUGAUUCCUGUUAAUAUAAUAAAGGAUAUUUCCUAGUUUCAUCAAUAUCCUAUUAUUAUUCCAAGUACAUGCCUGCUACUUUUAUCCUUUUCGAGACAGUAUGAUGUAUUGGGUGGUGCAUUUUUGUGGUAUUCUGGGGUAUUGUUGGUCCUCUAAAAGGCCAUGAUAUUAUUACUGAUAUUUUAUUGCAUAUUUUGCCUAUUGUUCUUGUGAUUAUUGAUUUUGCCUUAAAUGAGAUAAUCAUGUCACGAAAACACUGCGUGUUUCCUAUUGGAGUUAGCAUGGUUUAUUUGAUUUGCAUAAAUGUGCCAUAUUCAAUCGCAGUACACGAGGUUUACCCUUUGAUGAAUUAUACCCAUUUCUAGUAUAUUGAAUUAUUUUUGUGUUAAUUUUAAUUAGAGAAUGGAGUAAUUUAGCUAAAUAAUUCUGAAAUUAACUAGAUAUUUCAAUCUUAUAGAGUCUAUAAGAAUGUAUGAACUUACUUGAUAUUGUUUUUAAGUUUGGCUAUCCAAAUAUCUGCACUUGAAAUAGGAAUCUGGAUUAAAAGAAAACAAAUAGGGAAUCAAAGAAUUCUAGAACUUGAACUUGAGGGUGCCAAAGUGAUUUCUUCAGUUCAAAACGUAUAA